ACUUCCCCACCCUGCCCCCGGUACCAUGGCGUCCAGCGAGGAGGACGGCACGGUUGAGGAGAAGGAAAACAACAACAAGAAGAGAACGAAAAGCGCCCUCGUCACCGCAUGGCUCACCUUCUACAACAUUGCCAUGACCGCCGGGUGGCUGGUUCUGGCCAUGGCAAUGAUGCGCUUCUACAUCAUGAAAGGCACACACAAGGGUCUGUACAGAAGUAUAGCAAGGACACUCAAGUUUUUCCAGACCUUUGCGUUAGUUGAGGUGGGACAUUGUGCCAUAGGGAUUGUGAGGACUUCUGUGAUUGUAACUGGGGUGCAAGUGUGUUCACGGAUUUUCAUGGUUUGGUUCAUCACCAACAGCAUCAGACAGAUCCAGAAUGAAGAAAGCGUAAUCCUAUUCCUGGUUGUGUGGACGGUGACAGAGAUUACCAGAUAUUCCUACUACACAUUCAACCUGCUCCACCACCUGCCGUACUUCAUCAAAUGGGCCAGAUACAACCUCUUCAUCGUCAUGUACCCGCUGGGAGUCGUCGGAGAACUGCUGACCAUUUACGCCGCUCUGCCGUUCAUACGCAGAUCUGGAAUGUACUCCAUGAGGCUCCCCAACAAGUAUAACGUGUCCUUCGACUACUACUACUGCCUCAUCAUCGUCAUGCUGUCCUACAUCCCACUGUUCCCUCAGCUCUACUUCCACAUGCUGCGGCAGAGGAGAAGGGUGCUUUACGGGGAGGUGAUAGUGGAGAAGGACGACUAGACGAGCCACCACCUCAUGCCUUCAUUUGAGCCAGCCUGCCUCCACCCUCACCCUCACCUCCCCCUCUUCAUCUUUAGCACCAACCGGCCGUUACAUUCUUCACUGCACGGGACCGGGAGAGCCGCACGGAUGUCGACCCGUCUGACGAGAGUGAUAAUCAGGAAAGAAAGGAGCGACAAUAACUGAUCCUCAGUCUUUACAGGAGUAAUUCCUAUCUGAAUGGUAAUAUUGGAAACAUGUUUACAGUCCCAGUGUUGCUGGAGCUCGAGACAGAAGCCUUGACGUUGCGUCUCAGCCACCUUUAUAAUCGCCCACCUGCCUCACUACUGCACCUUGUUGCACUGAAAAAGUCACAACACCUGUCUGAAGGAGAGAAAAGGUAAACGAGAGGCUUCCAGGGAAAUGUGAAAUGAAACGUGGGAGGAAGAUUGUAAGUUGCGUCUCAAACUUCAUCCACCAAAACGACCCAAUUGGCAGAUUUAUUAUCCUUUAAGUGUUUUCCACCUCAGUUCGAUCGUACCUCAACAAUAAAUCACCAUUUAGACAAUAUGCUGCUUCUUUUGUGUACGUUUGUAAAUGAUGCAAUGUGAACUGAGCGGUUAAUAGUAAGCAUAUUUCUUAAUUUAUUCACAUACUGUGUCACUUAGAGCGAGCACAGCUCAAACUUAACAUUUUGUCUGCUUGGCUCCUGCAUUCUUCUAUGUUGCUUUGAUGUUUACUAUGUCAAAUUAAUUUACAAAAGUGCAUUUUAAACUAAUUUGAGUAUUCAGAAAGUAGCAGCUCUUUCUAUAGGCCGCUGUAGCCGAGACUACAAUUCAGAUUUUUGUGAGCAUUCAGUCUUCAGUCGCUGUUGUGUUUGUUUUUUAACAUAAAGAAUCUGAUGUACGAUGGUAGUUAGAUUCCCUCCUACUAAAGGUGCUAUUGUAAGAUCAUUUCAAUCUUCUGUGCAGCUGAAGGAGUGACUGUGAUCGGAGUAAAGUAGGAAAACAGGAUGUGAAAUGAUUGAGAGGAAAUGUUGCAUAGCCCAUGGCUAUCUAGGAAAAUCAGCAUUUUUCUUUUUUGCUUAUAAUCUGGGUUAGAGAGGAGAGAAACAAUAAAAGUCAAUGUCACAAAAAUCACUGGAAAAGUUAUUUUUCAAGAACAAAUCAAUAGAAAUGUGAAAAUACCUUCUUGUGCAAAAUCAAUAAACUAAAUACUACAAUACUGUGGAGAGUUUUGUGAUGACCUUCACACUUGUUACCUGAUAUCCACAGAGGACCAUUUACUCCAAUGUGACGAAAACAAAAGAUCCUGUAUGAUAAUGAGUUGGUAUCUCAGAAUAAU